CACGCUGUCAUGUUUACCACGAUCACGAGUCUGUGUUUAGGAAAAUUAAUGCUGUUGAACUGAGGCGGCAUGUGUUAGCUUGAACGUUGAGCUAAGCUAGGUUAGCCGCAGCUUCCUGAAGCUAGCCUAGGGAGGCUAAGCUAACAAGUUAGACUUUCUUUGUUGAGGAAUGUUAGCACAGCAACCACGUCGAGCUCACCAACAAACACUCUAAAACAUGUUAGUAGCAAGUAUUAAGUUGUUUAUCUACUAAGAUGUGGUAUUUAUCUGACUAGCAUAAGCUAAACCCAGCUAGCGGACCAGAUACCUAGUUAGCUAAUCUGUGUAAAGUGCUAGAAGUUGAGAAGCUGUACGGGUCAGCAUGCUGGGAUAGACACGGUACAGCAGCUCGGCUAGCGGAUCUUUCAGCCCCCAGCUUCCUGCUCGGUGCCCGUGUAGGCACCGCAGAUCGAUCUUCAGUAUUCCUUGUUCUUGAGAGUUUGUGAGCAGGUUUGUGUUACAUGGUUAAAUGCAGGAGUUCUUUGUGCCAGUACUGUUCAGCGGAGACAAGAGAGAGCGAGGCAGGGAUAUGGGUCGGCAUGUGAAUCCGGGUCCCAAGCGCAGAGCGAUGGCAGACAGCGAUGACGAGUUCGACCGCCGGCGGCGGGACAAGUUCCGGCGGGAGAGGAGCGAUCUAGACCGGUCCAGAGAGAGGGAGGACCGGCGCCGUGAGGACUGGCCGGAACGGGACUGGGAGCGUGUUCGUGAGAGGAGGAGGGACUACGAUCGGGGGCGCAGGGAGCGCUUCUCUCCUCCGAGACACAUCAGCCCCCAGCACAAACGCAUGAGGAGGGACUGGGAGGAACAUCGAGGAGAACCCUACAGGGGGGGCUAUGAGCUGCCGUACGGGGGAGGGCCCCCCUACCCCCCCCCUCCUGGACCCCAGGGCUGGGGCCCCCCUGACAUGGCCCCCCUGCACCCGCACCACACACACCCUCUACAGGGCAGACUGGGAGGGAUGUCCGACCCAGACCUCCCUCCCCCCGCCCCGCCCUCCAUGCGCAGCUUCAAGGAGUUCCUGCUCUCCAGCGACGACAGUGUGGACGAGACGGAGGCUGUGAAGAGGUACAACCAGUACAAGAUCGACUACAGACGACAGCAGCUGCAUGACUUCUUCCUGCUGCACAAGGAGGAGGAGUGGUUCAGGUCUAAGUACCACCCAGAUGAGGUGGGGCUGAGGAGGGCGGAGUCUCUCGCUGCUCUCAGGAACCGAUUGGGUGUCUUCCUCUUCCUGCUGGACAACGGUUGGAUGGACAACCUGUCACUUGACAUGGAACACGCCCCCGCCAUCCUCAAACUGCUGGAUGCAGCGGUGAUAAAGAUGGAGGGAGGGACAGAUCACGACCUGCAGGUUCUGGAGCUGACGACAGGAGAGACGGGGGAGGUGGGGGGGGAGAAGGGGGAGGCAGCGCCCCCCAGGAAGGAGAAGACCCCCCCUGGAGACCCCCCCUCCCCCCCCACCCAGACACACAACCAGGAGGGAGGUGAGGAGUCCAAGCAGCAAAAUGGAGAGAAAGCAGAAGGAGGAGAGGAAGAGGGGGAAGAGGGAGAAGAGGGGGAAGAGAAAGAGGAGAAGAAGGCUGUGAUGGUAAAAGCCAGGAAGAGGAAGCGGAGUGCGUCAGCUGACAGCGGGGAGGGGAGUGGCUCCGACAGUGACUCCUCCCCCUCGGAGGAGGGAGAGGAGGAGGAGGAGGAGGAGGGAGAGGAAGACAGGGGCGAGCGGAGGAAGGAGAGGGGGCAGGAGAGGGGGAGGGAGGAGGAGAGGGGGAGGGAGGAGGAGAAGGGCCCUGCUCAGCCCAGACCACUCCACCUCACCACCUCUCUGUUCAUCAGGAGUCUGGCCCCAUCCAUCUCUAAAGAGGAGAUCACCGCUUUGUGUCGCAGGUUCCCAGGGUUCCUGAGGGUGGCCCUGUCCGACCCCCAGCCUGAACACAGGUUCUACAGGAGGUGCUGGGUGACGUUUGACCGAAGUGUGAACAUCAAAGAGAUCUGCUGGAACCUGCAGAACAUCAGGCUGCGUGACUGUGAGCUGGCCCCGGUGGUGAACAGGGACCUGGCCCGACGUGUCCGGAGCGUGUCUGGACUCACUCAGCAUCGCUCCAUCCUCAGACACGACAUCAAGCUGUCAGCCCGGCUGGUCCAGACCCUGGACACCAGACACGCCCUCUGGAGGGGGGAACAGCCCUCCAACCCUGUGCUGGAGAACAUCACUGAUUACCUCAUAGAGGAGGUCAGCGCUGAGGAGGAGGAGCUAACCGGCGUUUCCGGGGGCAACGACCCUGCCGACCCCACUAAAGACUCCGCCCCCGGGGAGAUCACUGUGGAGAGAGACGACAAGCUGGUCAAGGUCCUGGACAGACUGGUGCUGUACUUGCGGGUGGUCCACUCAGUAGACUACUACAACAGCUGUGACUACCCUGCAGAGGAUGAGAUGCCGCACCGCUGUGGCCUGCUGCAUGUCAGAGGACCUGUACCCCCCAACAGAGUCAGCCAGCACCAGGUGUCAGAGUGGCAGCGUGUGUGUGAGCAGCGUCUGUCUCCUCUCCUCAGCGAAUCAGAGCAGGUGUCUGAGGAGGAGGCGGGGCUGCUGGGCAGGAAGGAGGCGGAGCAGGAAGUGGAGAAGUUCCUGGCAGCCAACAGCCAGGAGCUGGGGAAGGAUAAGUGGCUGUGUCCACUGAGCGGGAAGAAGUUCAAGGCUCCAGAGUUCGUCCGUAAACACAUCCUGAACAAGCAUGGUGACAAGGUGACUCAGGUCAGGAAGGAAGUCGAGUUCUUCAACAACUUCCUGUCUGAUGCCAAAAGACCCGCCCUUCCAGAGAACAAGCCCCUCCCCCCUCCCUCCCAGGGUGCUCCUCUCCCUGGGAUGGUGUUUCCUGGUCAGUCUCAGGGGCAAAGCCUUCUGGGAUACCCCCCUCAGCCCCGCCUCCCCAUGCCCGGCUUCCCAGGUGGUGGCCCCCAAUAUCCCCACCACCAGUUCGGAGCAGGCCGCGGUAACUAUGACAACUUCCGUGGACAUGGAGGACACGGAGGACAUGGAGGACAUGGAGGCUACCCUGGGAGGAGUCGCAGUAGUGGCGGCAGGGGGAUGCGUGGAGACCCUCGCAGCAUCAUAGAGUACAGAGACCUGGACGCUCCAGAGGAUGUGGACUUCUUCUGACUCCCCCCCUCCUCACCCCUCCCUGAACACCUGUGUGAGAGAGCGUGUGUGUGUGAGAGAGCACACGCGUGUGUGAGAGAGUGUGUGUGUGUAUGUGAAAGGGCGUGUGUGUGUAUGAUAGUAUGUGUGAGAAUGUGUGUGUGUGACGGGAGGUUAACACCCCUCCCCAUCAAGGACCAAUGGUUAUUGUUGUUACCAAUUGUUAUAACUACCAAUUAAAACAUUAUACACAAAACACCCGCCUCCUCUC